AUUGUUUUUGUUGCAUUGAAGUUCGACAAAUCAUUUGACUGAGCAUCGAGAAACGAGAAAACAUUUGGGAUACUUUUGGAAAAUGUUGUCACUGAGACGCUUGCAAAGAUUUCAAUGGCGCCCGUUGGUGCGUCUCUGUUCGGCUGAGCUAGUACACAAAGACACUUUUAUAGAGAAACUGAGGAACAGCUUCAUCGAGGACGAGCGAAAUCAUUUUGUCGUGCCGACGUUUAAGAAGGCCAUGCUCUUUCCAGACGAGAUUGCGGUUAAGGAUCUUAAUGGCGAAUUUACCUACUUUCAGCUCUACAUAACCGCAAAAAAGCUGGCCAUUCAAAUAUCCAAUUUUUGUGGCAGCGCCUCGCAGUCGAAUGUGGCAUUCUUGUGCUCGACAAAUGCCCUGUGGAUAGUUAUACAGUGGGGCUGCUGGAUCUCUGGGCAGGUGGCCGUGCCGCUGGAGCCGAAUCAGGCGCCGGAUGAGCUGCUCAGCCAGGCGACGGACUGCAAGGCCAAGCUGCUGAUUGGAACACCCGAGUGCGAGGGCAUUACACAGGAUCUGGCGACAAAGCUGCAGACGGCCAGCAUUGUGCUGGACCACAGCUUUGUGCCCACAUCGGAGAGUGUCGCCUCGACGGCAAUGUAUGCCAAGCAGCUGGUGGGCCUCAAUGGCGCUCUCAUACCGGAGAGCACGCUGCCCAAUGACUACUAUGCCAAUGCGCCGGCAUUGCUGCUCUAUACGCCGGGCUCAUCGAACGGCCGGAACGGUGUGGUGCUCACCCAUCGGAAUAUCGAGGCGCAAAUGCGGUGCCUGGUGACCAGCUGGCAUCUGAAUGCCAGCGACUCGAUGCUGCCGCUUAUCUCCAUGAAUCGCAUGCAUGCGGCAAUUGGAGCCCUGCUCGGCGUCGGCGGCAAUAUAUUGCUGCAGCAGAAAUUUGAUAGCCAUACCGCGUGGAGCUCCCUGCUGGGCAUCAAUAGCCCCUCCAAGCAGCGCGUGAAUAUCUUUCUGGCCAUGCCCAUCAUAUACAAACGUCUGAUUGCCGAAUAUGACAAGAUGUUUGCCCAGGACUCGCGCAUGGUUGAGUACAUUGUCAAUCAUUGCAAGCAAAAGAUUCGCCUGAUGGCCACCGCCUUUGGCCUGCUGCCGGAAUCGGUUUUCUAUCGCUGGCGCGAGAUAACGGGCCAGAAUAUCUAUGAAUACUAUGGCAUGCUGGAGACGGGCCUGGUGCUGGGGCCCACGCUCGAAGAGCAGUCGCCCAACAGCAAUACGGACUAUCGUCCGGGCACGUUGGGCGCACCCCUUGUUGGCGUGUCGGCGCGUCUGGUGAAUAGCAAUGGGGAUCAGCUGGUCAGCUGUAAUAGUGAAUUGUUACCAGCCGCUGGAAUCGGCACAGAUCCGCCGGAGCAGAAGGAUCCGCCAAAGAGCACACUGCUGCUCAACACGGUAGUGGGCGAACUGGAAAUAGCUGGCAAUAAUCUUUUCCCGCAGAAGGUGAGCGGCACGCUGCCACAGAAAUCGACGCCAGAAGAGGAACAGCAGCAGCAGCAGCAGGAGCCGCAGCCGCAGCAGCAGCAGCAGCAGCUGCAGGAGCAGCAUGAGGAGCCGCCCAUCGAAAAGUAUUUGAAGACGGGUGACAUUUGCGCCUAUCGUAAUGGCAGCUUUCACUUUCUGAGCAAGUCGACGGACGUAUUCAAUGUGGGCGGCUAUAAGAUUUAUGGAUCCGAAAUCAAAAAGGCCCUUAUCUCGCAUCCGGGUAUCAAUGAUGUUGCCGUUCUGGGCAUACCCAAUAAAUUGUGGGGACAUCGGUUGGGCGUCAUCUGCAUAUUGUCACCCGAUUCGGAUGUCGAUCUGGAAACGAUCAAGUCCUAUUGCUAUAGCCAAUUGCCCGCCCACAAGCGUCCCACUGUCUUUAAGACAAUCGUUGCCAAGUAAUUACCAAUCAAUCAAUCUAUCCAAUUCAUCCAUUGAUCCAUGGACCGACCGAUCGUAAAAGAAAAAUUUAUGUGUUUAUUGUUUAAGAAAAAAAGAAAAUGACAAAAAAAAAAAAAAAAAAAAAAAAACAAAGGGAAACGGAAAAAGAAUUCGUUCUUUUUACAGACGAUUGCAAUAGAUUAAAACUUGUUUCCAGUGGGCUCAACAAAUG